AUGACAAUUUUUAAAUUGAUCGUGCUUCUUUUAAUUAUCUCAUCAACUUUUGCUGAUGGUCGCGCACGUCGUAAACGACGUCAACUAAAAUCAAGUUUGUAUUCUCAAAAUCCAUAUGGCACUUCAGGUAGUUACUAUGGAACAGGAAGUUAUUAUCCAUCGGGUGGUCAAUAUUCUGGAAGUAAUCCUUAUAAUACUUAUGGAGCAGGUUCUAUGUAUGGUCAAAAUUAUUAUGGUACUGGUAUGGGUCAGUAUGGUACUGGUAUGGGCCAGUAUGGUGCUGGUAUGGGUCAGUAUGGUGCUGGUAUGGGUCAGUAUGGUGCUGGUAUGGGUCAGUAUGGUGCUGGUAUGGGUCAGUAUGGUUCUGGUAUGGGCCAGUAUGGUACUGGUAUGGGUCAGUAUGGUCAAGGAUAUCCGUACAAUACAUACAGUAACACGUAUGGUAGUAAUCAAUAUCCAUAUGGGACAAACUACAAUCAAUAUCCGAAUACAGGUGGUAGUUAUGGUACUGGACAAUAUGGAUCUAACUUAUAUGGUUAUGGAAGUCAGGGCUCAAAUUACCCAUCUGGUUAUGGAAGUGCAGGCUACGGUAAUCAAUAUGGUUAUUAUAAUCAAGGAAAUCCUUUGUAUCGAACAUCAAAAAAUGCUGGCGCUCAAGGACGAUCGGGUGGUGCUUCAGAUGCUAAAGGAGAUGGCAAUCCUGUUGGACUUAAUCCACCCUCACCUGUUCGCAAGUCCAUCAAUGAUGGUAUCAAUGGCAAUACUAUUCGUCGUCGUCGUCGUCGUCAGCAACCAUCUGGAUCAAUAUAUGGAAAUUCAAAUUUAGGUGCAAAUGCACCAACAGGAUAUAAUUAUCCAUCGAAUACAAAUUUCUAUGGCACAAAUUUAAAUAAUCAAGGUUCAAAAGAUUUAUAUGGUAAUCCGAUUUUACCAUCGAAUGCUGGUAGUUCAAUGAAUAAUGCUGGUUUAUAUAAUCAACAACAACAACAGCAACAACAGCAGCAACAACAACAACAAUUAUAUGGACCAAGUGGUCAAGUCUUACAAAAUCCUUCAUACGGUGGAAGUAGUCUUUAUUCCGCUAGUGGAACAAAUCAACUUUUACGUGACCCAAAUGUAAAUAUGGGAAUGCGGGAUAGUAAUAGUAAUCUUUUACCAGCAGGAUCGGCUGGUUCUUCAUUAUAUCCUUCAUCAAAUUCUCAAAUAGGUUAUCAACCAAAUACAAAUCAAAUGCUAAAUAAUAAAGAUAUUUAUAAUGCACCAGCAAAUACAAAUAAUAAUCCCUAUGGUAUUAAUGCAAAUUUAUAUCCAAACAGUAAUACUGGUAGUGGACAAAUGGGCAUGAAUAGCAAUAAUAAUGUAUGGCCAAAUAAUAAUAAUAAUAAUCCAUAUAAUACUAAUGCUGGUAAUACAUGGUUUCAACAAAAUCGAGAAUUAAAUAAUAACAAUAAUAAUAAUGCAUAUUCAAAUCCAAAUUCACCUUAUUUUUAUAAUAGUGGUCAUCAAAAAAUGACAUCAUGUUUAUUUGUUUUUCUUACAAUUAUUGUUGUAUCUGUUUUUCAUAUAUAA